AUGUUGGGCAUUCAUUCUGGUUUCCAAACAUUAAUGAAAGAAGUUGCUUCAUUUGCAUUAUUUAAUCACUGCAUUAUACACCGUUAUGCUUUGGCAAUGAAAACUCUUCCACCUGAUUUAAUGGACACAUUUACUCGUGUAGUGAAAAUUGUUAACUACAUCCGAAGCAGUGCGACAAAUACAAGAAUUUUUAAGGACUUAUGUAAUGAACUGGGAGGAAAAUUCGACGUCUUGUUGUUCCACACAGAGGUACGUUGGUUGUCGAGAGGCAAGGUGUUGCACCGAGUGCUUGAGCUCCGAGAAGAAAUUGCUUUAUUUCUAGAAAGGAGAAAAUCAGGGAAGGUAAAGGAGAAAGAGUUUCACGCUCAAAUAACAGAUAAUGUAUUUAUUUCUAAACUGGCAUAUCUUGCGGAUUUCUUCGGAUAA